AUGUUCUCCUCGUCGGGAUUUUCUUUGGUGUCAGCAUUUUCCGACGACGGUCAGCGUCUCACACGUUCACAAAAAAUACAUCGAGAAAAUGAGCGAACAAAUCUCUUGACGAUCACAAGACUUGUUUUACGUGCUUUUCUGGAGCAUACGAUGGCAGACAACAAUCGGAUACUCGAAUGUGACACUCAACAGAUUAGUGACCUUAUAAUGAUGCUGGAAAAAGUACUUUGGCAUGGUUUCAAAGCUCCUGGACAGAAAGCCCUGAUUGUCCUGAGGAGUCCAGAUGCCGAAAUGUGGACUGCGAUUAGUCGAAUUGCUCGAUCCGACGCUGCUAUGCUGGAGACGGUCACCUGUGUUGACCAGAUCGAGUCAUUACUAACUCCUAUAUCUCGAAUUCGUGCUUUUAUUCGACUCGCAAUGAUGCAGAAGAAACUGUUUGAUUUUUUCACUAUCAUCGCGAAUUCCCCUUUAUUGAAGACUUACUACGAGGCCUGGGCUCUACUGAGGCAGGAGGAAAUUGUGCAGCUUACUGGUGCACUGCUUGGAUUAUCUGUCGUCGACUGCAACCUUGUACUGGAACACGAUCACUUGCAGGAUCAACCGUUGAGCGUCGACUUAUCGUUAUACAUCCGCAUCCCAACGGUCCCCACUGAAGGUGGUGAUACUGUGACGGCGAACGGGAGCUUGGAACGAAGUUAUAAUAAAGAGAAGAAACUUCUACUUGAUCAAAACAAUUACCUUGAAGAGCGAAACAGACAGUUACAAUGCAAUAUUGAUAAUUUGAAGAGAAAACUGAGCGCUUUGGAGAAUGGCAAUGAAACAGCUGCUGUGACAGUGGAAAAAGAGCUCGUAUCAUUCAAAAACAUCGAACACAUCGAGAACAACCACCCGUCGAGCAGCAAAGAGAAGGAAUGGGAAGUGGAGCGAGAAAGACUGCUGGGCCAGAUUGUGGAAAGAGAGGAUUCUUUACGGAUAGUUCAACAGCAGUUAAUAGACACAAAGAAAAUCAACUCAGAUUUAUAUGAUAAGCUCAAGCUGGCAGACGAUAAAUGGCGUCGUUUGGAAAGAGACAUUGCCAGAAUUCGAGAACAGUACAUAAACGAAACCGAAUCACUGAAGAAAACAAUCUCGAAUCUCGAGGUAUCGAAUGCGAUUCUACAGGAAAAUGCGCAGAAGAAAACUGCGAAUGAUGAAGUAAUGCGUACCGAACUCGAGAAGAAAUAUGGUCAACAUGCUGAACUCGUCGGAGCCUUACAAGAAAAACAGAACGCACUGGCUGAGGCAGAGAGUGAACUGGUGGUACUGAGAAGAAGAGUUAGUUCUAUGGAAAAAGAACUGAAGGAAAUGCCUUUCCUAAAAGAGGAGCUCAGAGAACUGCAAGAGAAGUAUGAUUGCGUGUCAGAACGUGCCGAAGAGUCCGAACGUGCGCUGGAAGAAAUAGGAGGCCAUCUAAGCGAAUCAAAAUUGAGGAUGCUUGAAUUGGCGGAAGAACUUCUGCCACUUUCUGAUGCUCAUUGGGCAAAAGAUUCAGAUGUCUCUCAAUGUACAGCAUGCUCGGACAAGUUCUCCAUUUCGAAACGCAAACAUCAUUGCCGAAUGUGCGGGUCAAUUUUCUGCGCUGCUUGUAGCGAAGGACGAAUCAAACUCCCUUCUAAUUCCAAACCCGCGAGAGUUUGUGACCAGUGCUUCAAUCUGUUGAAGAAUCGGCAGCUAGGGGAUGCAUAG